GUGAGAGAAAUGCUUCGAGCUCGUGACUCAAACGGUGCUCGGAUGCUGACUCUAAUCACUGAGCAAUUCCUGGACGAUCCUCGCCUUUUGCUCUGGAAGUCGCAAGGCACCUCAAUGACCGACAAAUUCCGCCUGUUAUGGGAUCAACUCGGAACCCUCUGGGUCUGUGUCGUCCUCAACCCCAAGUGCGAAACCCAGGAGAAGCAAAUGUGGCGCAAACUUCUGGAUCGUUGGGCCCGGGUUCAGGUCUGCCCGCUGGAGGAUCCCGACCACCGACCGCCGCCGGCGUCUCAGUCAGGAUCCCAGCAAAACGGCGGCGGGAACGGAGCACCCGGCGCCAGUGGAGCCGCCUCUCAACGUCCGCCGCAACUGAGGUUGAGCUCAUUCGGAUUACGGGUGUCGGAUACGAGUGAUGCCGAAGAGGACGAGGACGACGAAGAGGAAGAACGAGACGGAUCCGGAAGUAAUAAUUCCGCGUCUUCGGAUGAAGAGGAGCAUGAAGAACGCUUGUCGUACUUGAGAGGGAAGCGGAAGACGCGUCAGACGACUGCAGAAGAGCGGAAGCGGAAACGGCGUCGAAGAGUGCGGCGUCGCGGCCACGGUAGCGAUGGAACUUUGACGAAACAUGUCCCUCGCACCGUCUUCCAUCGACUGCCGAUGUUAGAUGGAAGAGAUGAGCAUGAAGACUCCCAUGGGAACAACGGGAAUGCUUCGAAUGGACAUAAUGCAGCUCCUCGUGAGAACAACAAUGCUGGUGCCAAUGCCAGUGACAAUAGCAAUCCGGCGAGAAAUGUCGUGUAUAGUCGGUGCCCGCGGUGGUUCACUUUGGGUCACAUCGAGAACCAACAGUGCCAAUUGGCUUCCGCCAUGCUAAGUGCUGCAAAAAUCAUGAGCAUGACCUUGUCUCCCACGUCUCCGAAUUGGCGGCGACGGGAAAUGGUGCGUUGGCUGGUGACUUGCGCGACUGAGGUGGGACUCGACGCGCUGAUCUCGAUCAUGCAUAACUGGGACCAACUGUUCACUCCUGUUGAAGCUACCUAUCGUCCUUCAAUUCCAAUCGGCGAGCAGAGUUUCCAGUAA